AUGAUGCCCAUUCAAUAUUAGAGACAACUGUCAUAGAAAUCUAGGAGAACUCCAGUCUCAACUAACAGUAUAUAUUUAUAACACCUUCAUCUCUAUAUAUCACACUUUUAUAUCCUAUUUUUAUAUAUACAAUAUAGUAGGAUUGGAUUCACUGUUACACUAACGAAUAAUUAUAGACCUUGUAUAAAAAGAGUCAAAUUAAUCUCCUGGAAACACAGCCUUGAAAUUAUAAAAGCACAGUAGCUUCACACUCAAACCUAAUAGAUUGCCAUCCCUUAAGAUACUUAAAGAUUAUGGACUUACUGAGGAAGAGAAAGGAACUUAUGGAGAUAGGUAAUUAUUGGGUUUCGACAAGCUUGAACUCUUAGGAAGGUACAUCAUAUAUUUAACUCUUUUCAGGGGAGGAUUUGCAUUAGUCUGGUUGGCAUUGAAAGGCAAUUAAAAGAUAGCAUUGAAAUAAAUAGCAAAACCACAAUAAAGUAAAGAGGCAAAAUUCAGUUACAUCAAAUCAGAAAAUAUAGUGUAGAUCAUGGGAGUGGAACAUUCAAAUAAAGAUACUUGGAUUAUAUAAGAGUUGGGAGGUAAACCAUUAAGUAAAGUGCUUUACACUAUGAAAGGGGAAUUCUACAAAGGAGAAAGAGUAUAUGCAGUAUAAAUAAUUAUAUAUUAUAGAUAAGUGAGACUUAAUAAUUGUUAGAUAUGUAUGAACAUCCAUAAAAACUCAUUGAACUUAUGUAUGGAAUUCUUAAUGGAAUCUCAUGUAUAAAUGAUAAACAUGUUACACAUUUUGAUCUAAAACCAGACAAUAUCUUAGUUGAAAAUAAUAUACCAAAGAUUAUAGAUUUUGGAUCAGCAUUUUCAAAUGAAGAUAAGGAUUAAUUUGGAAUGAUUACACCUGAAUACAUGGCUCCUGAAGCCCUUGAUAUUAUGCAUAAUUGGACUAAAUAUUCUAAUCAAUACAACACUUAAAUUGAAGCCCUUACUCAAAUGCAUGGGACUCCAAAAAUCGACGUUUGGAGUUAUGGUAUUUUUAUAAACAAAUAAAGGGGCAAUAAUACUUGAUAUAUUACAUGGAGUUCCUAAUUGGUUAUCCUAUAAAGGCAAAAUUAUGAGAUAAGGAAGACCCUAAAUUAAAUAUGGAUUAUUUGCUGUCAAAGGAAGAGAUUUAAGCAAGUAAAUAGAUAUAGUUAUAUAUUAGAAUCAUAUAAAAAUAAUAAUAAUUGCAAUUGAAUUAAGUUAUAAGAUAGAAUUGCAAUUAUCUAUCAUUAGCCAAAUAAAAUUAACUCCUAGAUUUACUAAAACAAUGUCUAGCCUAUGAUCCAUCUUAAAGAUCUGAAGCCAAAGAAUUACUAAAACACGAAUUCUUUAAUUAAAUCUGA